AUGCGCUCCAAGAUUGUGAAGGGCAAGAUAAUCCCGGCGGGGAAGCUGGAGUCAGACAGCAAGGUUGAGUCUGAGGCCAGUUCCUGUCGUCAGACUGGCUCGAAGAUUGCGAAGGCCGAGGUUCAGUGUGGCCUAGUGGCAGCAAAGAAGGUGAAGGUAGAGAAGAUCGACCAUGGCCCAGCUGUGAAGAAGCUGAAGGAAGACAUCAAGUCCGAGUGCAAGACCGUGAAGAAGCGGACGCCAGGCAAAAAGUCCUCAGGCCAGACGUCCGUUCGUGUCGAACGUGACAAACGGCUUCUCAAGAAGCCUUUCCAGAUCCCCAGGGCAAAGUUCAAGAGGCUUUGCCAUGCCAUUGUCGCGAAUUUGGCGUCAGACCAGGACAUCCAAAGCUCACAUAAGCUGAGCCCGGAGGCCUGGGACACGUUGCGCACAGCAGCGGAGUCCUUUAUCAGCUACGAAGUCUUUCGUCAGGCCAGAUUCUCGCGUCAGACCAACAACCCCAAAAGAAAGACAACGCUCCUGCGCGACUUUAAAGUGGCCUUGGCGAUAGAUGGAAGGUAG